GACAAAUAUCUUUAAGCAAGAGAAUUAAUUAUCAUACAUUACUUCUGGCUAAUUAACAAGUCGCAUAUUUUCAUCAAUGCAAUUUAGCACUUGAUAAUGCAACAAAUUUGAUCCGUUGGACAAUUUUUCAUCAAGGUCCUGUCUAUUAGAAUAUUUGGAUCAAAAAUUCGACGAUAAUUUCUUGCACUGAACGAAUGCGACAAAGUGAACGUCAAUAAAUUUGUGUGCAAAAAAAAAUUACCAAAAAUUAUAAAAUUAACAAUCUUUUUUGUUCUUCAAUUGAAAAAUAUGGAUCAAAUUAAAAACGAAAAUAAAAUAACCAAGAAAUCCAAAAAUAUUGACAAAAAUGAACCGAGUAUUAUAAUUAUUGGAGCCGGAGCAUCAGGAAUUGCUGCCGCGGCAAAACUUUGUGAAAAUAAUUUCCAAAAUGUAAAAAUUCUCGAAGCUGAAAAUCGAAUAGGUGGACGAAUUCAUACAACUAAAUUUUGUAAUCAAACUCUUGAAUUAGGAGCUCAUUGGAUUGUUGGCGAACAUGGAAACGUGAUUUGUGAUUUAGCGAAGAAAUAUAAUUUAUUCGAUGCUGGUACAGGAACCAUAGAUGACAGUGAAGAGAAAAUAUUCAAUUCCUCAGGAAAUUUGAUUAGUCUAAAUCCAACAGAAUUGGAAAAACUCAGUGAAAUCUACGAUAUUGAGGGUAAUUUCAAAGAAUUUUGCUUGGAGAAUAAAAAUUCAUCGGUAGGCGAUUUUUAUAAUGGAAAAAUUCAUCAAUUUCUCGAGGAACAUCCAAAAUGGAAGGCAAAUAAAAAAGGAAUUACCCAUCUUCUUGAUAUGAUGAUGAUGGCACUCUAUUCCGGCGACAGUUGGAAUGAUUCUUCAGUGAUGAACAACAUAAACUAUGAGGAAUGUCCCGGAGAGUAUAUAUUCAAUUGGAGGGAACGUGGAUUUAUUUCCAUUAUCGAUAUUCUCAUGAGACGUUAUCCAAAAAUCGAUGAACAAUUACCAGUGAUGAGUAACAUUCAUCUGAAGACAAAAGUUUCAUUAAUUGAUUAUUCUAGAAAAAAUGGAAAAAUUAUCGUAAAAACAACAAAUAACGAGUGUUACACUGCCGAUCAUGUUAUUUUCACCUGCUCGGUUGGUGUAUUAAAAAAACAACAUAACACACUCUUUAAACCCCCAUUAUCGGAUCUAAAGCAAAAGGCAAUUCAAGAAAUGGGUUAUGGAACAUUGGUGAAAAUUUAUCUCUACUACGAUGAACCAUGGUGGAAUGUUAGCGAAUCUAUUGGUCACAGUUUUCUUUGGUCGGACAAUGAUUUGGAACUAAUGGAGAGUGAUGGGAAAAAUUGGCUACCAGGGUUAGUGGGAUUUUAUUCUUUUCGUGAUAAACCGAAAAUAAUUUCCGGUUGGGUUUUUGGUAAAUAUGCACGUAUCGUGGAAAGUUGCAGCGAUGAAGAAGUGAAAAAUCAUUGCUUUCAAAUAUUAGGAAAAUUUCUUGGUAAAAGUUAUAAUGUCACGUAUCCAACGUCAAUCCUCAGGUCAAAUUGGUACAGUAAUGAAAAUUUUAACGGAACUUUUUGUUAUUUUAAAAUGAAUAGCGAUCAUGGAAUUGGUAAUGCUGAAAAUCUUGGCGAACCUAUUGUUAAUGAUGAUGAUAAACCGAUAAUUUUGUUUGCCGGUGAGGCGACGAGUGAACAUCAUUUGACAACAGUUCAUGGUGCAAUUGAAACUGGCUGGAGAGAGGCGCAAAGAAUUAUUGAUUAUUAUUCAUAAAAAAGGAAAAAUAAAAACAAUAAUUAAAUAUUUGGUAAUAAUAAUAAUUUACUAUUAUUAUUUACGU